AUGUCUCCUGCUCCAGCAAUCCUUGCCCUUCGACGAGUUUACAACUUUUGCCUCCUUGUUGACGAGGCCCAUGGCUUUAUGGCACUUGGAAAAAGUGGUCGUGGCUCUUUUGAGUGGUGGCAAGAUUGUGGUUAUGACUGCCCCUUGCAGGAAGUCGACAUUAUGACUGGAACCAUGUCCAAGAGCCUAUGCUGUAUUGGCGGAUUUGUCUCUGCUAAUGGUGUUUAUGCCGCAGAGCUCGAGCGACAGAGAACACUCCAACAUCAGAAUGGGGCCGAGACACUCUCAACGGCGGUGUUGGUUAGGAUCUUGAGCUUGAUCAACAAGCCAAAACUCAUCAAAGAACGAAUGACUGCACUCGGGAGAAAGGCAAGCUUUGUGGCUGAUUGUCUGGCCCAAGCUGGGUGUGACAUACUCUCUUCGUACGGCUCUCCCGUCGUCUGCUUUCCAGUCGGAACAAUUCAGCAAGCGUCUAGGUUUCACGAGGAAGCCAUGGAAAGGGGCUUUGCAGUCGCUUGCGGUGUACCUCCCGCUACGCCAUUAUGGUCCUGUCGAGUCCGCGUUUGCAUCUUUGCUACUACCUCUUGGGAGGAUAUCCUAGACUUGAUCAACAUGAUUAUAAAAGUCAGCUGCAAACUCCAACUCAAAGGCAUCACCGCCACUGUCUUUACCCCCGACACUCUCCCGAAGCAAUACCUCGACGAUCCCUCUAUUGCUGAACAAAGUAUCAAGUCCGACGCUUCCAUUUGUUCCUAUGUCGAAAGCCUGUCCAAAACGUAUCCUGGAGGUGACCUGGAAGCAAAGGCUCCCUUGAACUUGGCCCAAAGCCAAGAGGCUGUAGAAGCCAGUGUCAAGGCUUUCUCCAAGUAUGGACUUGGACCCAGCUCUGCCAGGUGGUUCUAUGGGACCUUUGAUGUUUUUAUUGCGCUUGAGAGACGACUGGCCAAGUUGUAUCCAUCACUGCAACGCCAUUCAGGACGAUGUCGAGCGAUGCUUGGAACAGAUGCCCAUACCAUGAUGCUCUCACUGCUCAGUGCAUGCGCCAACCCGUACACAAGCGGCGUCAUGAACAUCCUUCUCAUUCCUACUACGGCUUCGCUUGCUGUCCAGGACGGUGCAGAUUUGAAUCGGCCAAGGGCUGAAACGAAGAUUAUCUACUACGAAAAAUUGGAUAACCUCGUUGCAAAGCUUCGAGAAUUGCCUAUAGAUGCCUCAAAGCUGCAUCUCACUCUGUACCUGCAGACCACCAGCCACGACGGUAGCAGCAUACUUGACUUACCGGCGACGGUCCAAAUGAUUAAUUCUGGGAUGAAUGACCCAAACCAGCUUAAAGGAUUGAAGUUGAUUCUUGACGACAGCGGAGGCCUUGGCAAAGUUGGCCCCCACCAUCUCGGCUACCUCGACCUGAUGGAGAGGGACCAUGGUGUUUCCUUUUUGAACCAGUCACUUGGAAUCAAGUUGGCCCCCAAAACAGAAAUUAUUGUGACAGGGUCAUUCUUCAACGCAUUCGGUCAGCAAGGAGGGUAUAUCAUUAGCAGUGCCUCAUUCAUUGAAGUACACACUGUAAGUUCCAAGAGCUUUGUCUUCUCGACCCCCCCUACGCCUAUCCAGGCAGCCUUGUCAGGGAAGGUAUUGGAGAUUUUAUCGCGAGGGACAUGUUGA